AUGGUUGUCGACACUUCACAGGAGGGAUAUUAUCAAUGGCUUGGUCUCAUCACAAUCACCGUCAUAUUCAACGCAAUCGUUCUGCCGAUGCGAGCGUCGUUCGAGCAGUUCCACAGACUCAACUAUGUGGCCUGGAUGAGCAUCGACAUGUGCAUUGAUAUUAUUUACUUGAUGGACAUAUUUGUGGGUAUACGGACAGGGUAUUUGGACCAAGGGCUACUUGUACGAGACACAGCGCUGCUGCGGCGUAUGUAUCUUCAUCGCAGGGACUUUUUCAUGGACCUGGUGAGCAUUCUGCCCACAGACGUCGCCUACAUGCUGCCCGGAUUGUCCAUACAAUCGGCCUGGGUCCGGAUGAAUCGGCUGAUUAAGAUCUACCGACUUUUCGAGUUCGUCGACCGCACGGAAACACGCACCAGCUUUCCCAACCUAUUCAGAAUCUCCACCCUCACCAUCUAUAUACUUGUCUUAAUCCACUUAAAUGCCUGCAUCUACUUCGCUUUCAGCACCUCGACAGGUCUGGGCUCAAACUCGUUUGUUUACCCACCACAUCCGUCUGAUGAGGUCUCCGAGAGCCAAUUCAACCUAACUGAGCGAUGGAACACGCUCUAUUCCAAGUAUGUGUAUAGUUUCUACUGGUCAACCCUAAUUCUUACUACGAUUGGUGAGACGCCCAGGCCAGUCCAGGACAGUGAGUACAUCUUCAUAACGAUUGACUUUCUCGUUGGGGUGCUGAUAUUCGCUACAGUCGUGGGUAAUGUCGGUUCCAUGAUCACUAACAUGAACGCUACCAAGACAGAGUUUCAAAACAAGAUGGAUGACGUCAAAAGGUAUGUACAAAAAUUGGACCCUGUUAUUCUUAUAUCCAAGGCCAUUAACCGGAUUUGCGUUUAG